AUAUCCGAUCAGCUCAUUUCAUCACAGAGCUGUUUUUGCAAGAGUUUUAAUAUGUACGAUGAUGCGUCACGUUUUGGCAGAAUUCCAGGCUUUUUAACUCAUGUUCAUUUGUUUUAGUUACAGAUGAAGCAGAAUGUCGAUGUUUACUACUCUCUUCAUAGCAACCGCGUACCUUAGUCUCCGACUCGUUGUUGGUAUCCGACUGUCAGAGUAUCCUCCAGAGUUUCUGAUCCUCCCCCAAGACAGUGAACUUACUCUCACCUGCCGAGUAGAGGCCUCUUCUACAAACCCCUCCACCGCCCCAGACGCCUCCUCCACCUUCCAAGACUCCACAGCUACAAAUCUAUCAGAGUUAGAUCUUGGUUCCGUUGGUAUUCAGUGGUUUUAUCAGCAGACUGCAGACGGUCAGGAGUGGUUUCUAUUUGAGUCGGAGGUACUGGAGUACUCGAGCGUACAGACGUCAUACGAGGGAUUCUACUUCUGCAAAGCUGUUUUAAACGACGAGGAGUUAGUGAGAAGCAAUGUCACUCGGCUUAAGAUUGCAUGUAAGUAACAUACUAUCAGAAUUACUAGUUACCAUAGUUACACUACUAGUUACCACAGUAAGUAAUAUACUAUCAGAAUUGAUGCGUAUCAUGUCAAAAUCUAGGUCAUAGGAUCCAAACGCUGAUUGUAAAUCACACAAGAGCCGGAGCCUGAGAACCUCAGCUAUAUUUCACAAGUCUCCAUCAUAGUA